CUCUGCGGAGGCGGCUCCGGUCUGGUGCGGCCGCCGCUGCGCUCGGGCUCGGCAGGGGGAGGAUGGAGCAGCGGCUGUCCGCAAUCACUCUCUACUGUGCCCCCGCCGCCGCCCCCCGCGCCAUGGAGCAGGAGCAGGUGCAGCAGCGCUCAAAUGGCGAUAGAGACUUUGAGAAUGUGGAACUGGGAAUCAUAGGGAAGAAGAAGAAAAUUCCAAGAAGGGUAAUUCACUUUGCAAGUGGAGAAACUAUGGAAGAAUAUAGCACAGACGAAGAAGAAGAUGAGCAAGAGAAAAAAGACCUCUUGCCUCCCAUUGAUCCUACAACGCUUACCUGGGGACCCUAUUUGUGGUUUCAGAUGCUGAGAGUUGCUACAUCAACCUUAUCAGUGUGUGAUUUCCUUGGGGAAAAGAUUGCAUCUGUUUUGGGGAUAAGUACACCAAAAUACCAGUAUGCCAUCGAUGAGUAUUACAGGAUGAAGAAGGAGGAGGAAGAGGAGGAGGAGGAGAACAAAAUGUCAGAAGAAGCAGAGAGACGUUAUCAAGACCAGCACAACAAGCCACAGGAUGAGACGCCUGUCCAGACAGAUCAGCCUGAGGCAACGUCAUGUAGCUCAUUUGUGAACCUCAAUUUUGAAACCGAGGGAGACUGCGAGUCAGUUGUGGAAAGUAAACAGGACUUAACUCCUGUCCCUACUUAAAACAUAUGUCUCCUAUGUAAUGUAAAAUGUCCAGCUUUUUAAACUGGCAAUAAAGAUGUUGGAAAAUUCUUACUAUACUUGUUGAGAGGAACAAACUCUUAAAGCUCAUAGUGGUCAGGAAAGAGCCAAGUAAUGUCUGUCCGGUCCACAUCUGUCUAAUGAAAGCUGACAGUCUGCCGAACUGACCUGUGUAUUGAAACUGGUGGGCUACAAAACAUCCAAUCCAAAUUGAAAGGCAGUGCUCUGAUCUUCCAUUCAGCAGGUAAAAAAUGUCUCUAGUGUUUUCACUGAGCAUGUAGUGCACCUCUGACACCUGUGGAUUGAAGACAGAAUACUAUUUUCUACCUUUUAAUAGCCUGUUUUGUAUUUAUACAAUGUUGUUGAAACUUAGUUCUCUAAGAAUAGAUUGUCUGACUAAUUGGAACUGAUUGCCUAUAGCUUCGCAAGGUAUCUUAAUGACUUCCAAAUUCACAGUUUCCCUAUUUAUUGUCACCAUUUAAUGUAUUUAUUUCUUAGUCACAAGCUUUAAACUAAAGGUGGCUCCACAUGUGCCUGAUGAAAAAAACAACCUCUUAUAAAAGGAGGUUGAAAGCUCUAUUCAGAACUUGCUCAGCUAACAUUGCAUCAGCCAUGGAGGUUAGCAGUGCUCAGAUUAAUUCUGUUGCCUGGUAAAGAACAGUACUAGCAUCAACUGUGUAAAGCACAUUCUCACUGUUUGUAAGGAAGAGGUUUAAUAGACAGUCAAAUACAUAGUCUCAAUAGGCUGUAAUAAUGGUUCUAGGAAGUAAAUUGAGAUUGGACUCCUGGGUUUGAAUUAAACGCUGCAAUUGUCAAAAAUUGUUUGGAAGACAUUCUGUGUAAAGCAUUUACCUAUACCUAAAGUGUGCUAUUGGACUAAUUUUGGUCUACUGGAGAGACUCAGUAAGGGGUGACUUCUUAAGGCACUGCUUAAAUGAUGCUGUAAAUUCCCCACAUUGUUACCUGAAUAGAAUAUUUGCAUGUCAUGACAAAUAGCUUAGUGAGGAAUUCAUUUUUGUAACCAUUUUCUUUCAAGUAUUAAAAAAAAGAAGAAAAAACUCAAAGAAAAUACAGGCUUAUUUUCAAUAUUAGUAAUGGCUUCCAUUAAAAAAAACCCAACAAAAACCUGACUAUUACUCAAGAAUUAAGAUUAUUUUGAAAGAAUUUCAGGGGAGAGGAUUUAUUAUAAAAGCUAUUUAAGUGAGAUUAGGACAAGGCUUGUCUUAACAUUUCCAAAUUUACAAUUUUGUAUUGGAAAUGCUCCCAUUUCAAAAACUAGAUGUAAGUAACAAAUAAGGGGAGAACAGUUACCUACAGUAAUCAUUUUUCCAUCCCAGCUUACAAGAGAAACAGUUUAUGUCAGGACAAUCAGAUGUGACUGCUUUAGGAGGGCUCUCCGACAUAAUCACUGCAAAAUGUUCAUAAAAAGUAUCCCAUGUGGUCUGUAGUCUCUUCCACUAAUUUUGUCGUGUGACUAAAAAUUAAUUUAAAUGAAAACCACUUAGUCUUUAUUCAGGUUUCCUAAAGCUUAGGACACUUGAGUAAGAAUUUGUACUCUGCAUCUUAGCAGUACGGUCUAGAUGGAGUUGACUGCUUAUUUUUGAUUCCCUGGUCCCUAGAGGCUUCCAUAACCUGUGCCAGUCUUCCUUGGCUAUGGUACUGUAAGCAGCUCCUGUACACCCACUUUAUUUGAGAUUCCAUAACUGCCUGAGGCAGCUCUAGAGUUUUUGUGCAGGGGAGUUGCACCUUACGUCUUUUCUGGUCCUUUUAUACUAUUCCAGCAGCCUAAAGGGGCUGAGAGUGGAAGAGUACCUUUCCUUGUAUUCUAAGUAGCAAACGUGUUGCCUUGAGGCCCUGUUUGUUAUCUCUCAAAUUUUGACUAAAUUGGAUUUUGCUAGUUUGUUAACUGUUACUUUUUGGCAAUGAGCAUCUGCAAGAAACAGUCAGUCAGCUAUGGAUGGGGGGGAAAACCCACCUUAGAAGCAGAUGGGGGAGGGAUAAAAAAACUGAAUAGAGCUUAAGUUGUCAAAGGCAACUUCUUCUAAGGGCAAAGACCCAUAGUACUUAUCUAUAAAUAAGAUCUGCUGCUGAGGGAGAAGGUGUGUUGAGCCUUUUCUGCCAGGAACGUAUCAGUAUCAACUGCACUACUGUUAGUUUUCUUGUACUUUCUGUUGCAUUGACCAGGGAAUAAACUUAUUUGUAUGAAAUGGUGUAUGAUUCACUAUGCCUUAAUACCUUAAUCCUUCCUUCAGUUUAUGUAAACUGUAUAAAAGUGGUUACUUUAACUUCUGUAAAUGCAUUAAAUUACUGGUUAUUUUAUAUUUAAUAUAAUUUCAAACUAA